GUAACUGCAGAAAAACAGAAAAUGACACAGUUCUCUAUAUUGAUUUUCAUUUGUAAAAUUGUUGCAUCCACACCUUGUUAUAGUCACAACGUCUCUGCCUACUCAUUAUUUCCUCUUUCUCUUUCUCUCUCUGUCUGAGCGUUUCUUAUAGAAAAAGUACAAAAACCUGCUUUUUAUUCUUUUCACUAUAAUAAGAAACAUUGUUCACAGAGGAAACAGAGAAUAAAGAGAGACAAUGGCAGCUGGUGAAGGUGGUGAAGGAGGAGGAGGAGGAGGAGGAGGAAAAGUUGAUGAGUUUCAACCUCAUCCUGUGAAGGAUCAACUUCCUGGCGUUGAUUACUGUGUUACAAGCUCACCCUCUUGGCCUGAAGGGGUUUUCCUUGGUUUUCAACACUACUUGGUUAUGCUUGGUACCAUUGUCAUUGUUUCAUCUAUAAUUGUGCCUUUGAUGGGUGGUGGAAAUGUGGAGAAAGGUGAAGUGAUACAGACACUACUUUUUGUUGGAGGCAUAAACACUUUGUUGCAGACUUGGUUUGGAACAAGGCUUCCAGUGGUUGUAGGAGCAUCAUUUUCUUUUCUCGUUCCUGCUAUUUCUGUUGCUUUUUCUACCAGAAUGAGUAGAUUUCUUGAUCCACAUCAGAGAUUUAAACAAUCCAUGAGAGCCAUACAAGGGGCUUUGAUUGUUGCUUCUUUGGUUCAAAUCAUUAUUGGCUUUUUUGGAUUCUGGAGGAUUUUUGCAAGGUUUCUAAGCCCUCUCAGCGCUGUUCCCCUUGUCACUCUCACUGGCCUAGGACUCUUUAUAUUAUGGUUUCCAAGAUUGGCAGAUUGUGUUGAAAUUGGUCUUCCUGCAUUGGUUAUUCUGGUCAUCCUCUCCCAGUACAUUCCACAAAAGAUGAAAUCGAGAGGAGUUGAUCGAGUUGCAAUCAUAGUCUCAGUUGGAAUUGCAUGGGCAUUUGCUGAAAUUUUGACUGCAGCUGGUGCAUAUAAUAAAAGAUCACCAAAUACUCAAUUCAGCUGCCGUACUGACCGAUCUGGGUUAAUCAGCGCCGCUUCAUGGGUAAGAGUUCCAUAUCCAUUUCAAUGGGGGCGCCCUUCUUUCAAUGCCGGUGAUGCUUUUGCAAUGAUUGCUGCUUCUCUUGUUGCAAUUGUAGAGUCAACUGGGACAUUCAUUGCAGCAUCAAGAUUUGGCAGUGCAACACCUGUUCCACCUUCGGUACUUAGCCGCGGUGUUGGCUGGCUGGGUAUAGGUACCCUACUGGAUGGCUUUUUUGGCACGGCAACUGGAUCCACAGCAUCAGUUCAAAAUGCAGGACUGUUGGGACUAACACGAGUUGGGAGUCGAAGAGUCGUUCAAAUUUCAGCUGGAUUCAUGUUUUUCUUUUCGAUAUUCGGUAAAUUUGGAGCAGUACUUGCUUCUAUACCAGUGCCAAUAGUAGCAGCCGUGUAUUGCGUUCUGUUUGCUUAUGUUGCAUCAGCUGGCCUUGGUUUUCUCCAGUUCUGCAAUCUAAACAGCUUCAGAUCAAUGUUCAUCGUCGGCUUUUCUCUCUUCAUCGGUCUAUCGGUUCCACAAUAUUUCCACGAAUAUCUGUUUCUAUCCGGACACGGCCCUGUUCAUACCCGCUCGACUGCGUUCAACAAUAUAGUAAUAGUGAUUUUCUCAUCACCAGCAACUGUGGCAAUUAUAGUUGCUUACUUCUUGGAUUUGACUAUGAGUCUUGCACAUGGCUCAACUCGCCGAGACAGUGGGAGACAGUGGUGGGAGAAAUUCAAGAACUUCAAUCAGGAUAUUAGAAGUGAAGAGUUCUAUGCACUGCCUAUGAACCUUGGCAGAUUUUUCCCUUCAUUCUGAGUGCACUAAUAUUUCACUAAUUUACUAUUCCUAAUAACAUAGUGUCUAGAUAGGCUGUGCAGAAGAAUAUACCAAUACUUAUAGGAACGAAGACUUAUUCAAAGUUAUACUCUUUCAGACUUUUAUAUUAUAUAUAUGUCCUUUAUGUUUAUGCACAUGUUUGGUUUCACUCACAGAACUUAAAAUUAAUUCAAAUUGAUUUUGAUAUGUAUGGAUGCUGUUAAGUAUAUUUGAUAAAAUAUGGAUCGGCUUUUUAGAAUGCUGAAGGGAUCGGCUUUUUAGUGCUAAGAACUUGGCUUAAGAGUUUUCAUUUCGACAAAUAAAUAGUACAAAUGCUGUAACAAUUGAGUUGGUAUGACAUAUAAAUUCUAAAGA